CCUUAAUCUCCUCCUAUAUAUACACACACACAUUAAAUCAUUCCUAUAUAUACACACACACAGCAAUUAAUAAACACAGAAUGGGAAAUAAGCAAUCUUCUUCUUCUUCUUUCUCUACAAAACGCUCAUCCGCGUGCGGCGGCGGACUGUGUGCGCGGCUCCACCGCCGGCGCGCCGACACAGAAAUACCAGUGGAGCACAUCGACCACCGCAACCAGGAGGAGGAUGAACCCCGGUGGAGCCCCGUCCACAAAAAGCCCGCCGCCGCGAUAGUCUCAAAUGAUGGUAGUGGAAAGGUGGCGGCGGCGGGUGGCAGGACCCACACUAUUGACAGGAGGGCUUCUGAGUUCGUAAAGGAACAAAUGCAAAAGUUUAGACAAGCUGUUUGAUGUCCAACCCUUUAUUUUACUUCUUUUCAAUUGAAGCAUUAUUUUGUAGGAAUAAUAAUGACAAUUAAUACCAAUUUGAAUUUACUAAUUAAAUAAAGAUUUUACUUAAAGAAUAUCAGUAAUAAGAAUAAUUUUCGUCCAGGUAUUUCUGGGCCGGGAUUGAUUAUUGU